AUGUGGAAUGUGGUGUCCUUCAAGAAUAUUUUUUCUGAGAAAAUUAGAGUGGAAGCGGAACUAGAUAGGAUUAACAACUUGGUGAUCGAGAAGGGGAUGACAAAUGUAGAGUUUCACUAUGAGAAUUCACUUAAAGCUAAAGUGGCCGAAAUUCUUCUAAGAGAAGAAAUGUUUUGGCAGGACAAAUCCAGAGAAUUAUGGAUAGAAGCAGGGGAUUCAAACUCCAAAUUCGUUCAUGCCUCUUUUAAAGCAAAAAGGAACAAAAAUAGAAUCAAUCAAUUGAUAGAUGAUUCAGGCAGAAUGGUUGGCAAAGCAAAGGAGUCGGAGGACAUAGUAGUUAAAUAUUUUGAAAAAAUAUUGGGAUCCACGAUGGGGGCAAAAGAUGAAAUUGUUGGAUAUCUGUUGGAUAUUAUUGAUAAGCAGAUUUUGGAGGAGGAUAAUGCUUCACUAUUGUCUCCAAUCACAAAAGAUGAAGUCAAAAAGGCUACUUUUGAGUUACAUCCACACAAGGCUCCAGGUCCGGACGGGGGUGACUAUGGAGUUGUAUCAGAAGUGUUGGAAAUUCAUGGGAGAGGAUAUAUGGCUGGUGGUGGAGGAAUUUCGAAGGAAAUGCAAUUUUGUUAA